GUCCGACCGGCCGCCAGUCCGCCUCGUGUUUUCUCAAAGUUUUGCACGUCCACAAAUAGUGCCGAGUUUCCUCAGUGCCGUUCCGAACUUUCUUCAAAUCCAAACUUUUGCAAUUUUAUUCAUAAAGGGCUAAUUAUUAGUUUUAAUUUUAAUAAGUCGAUUUAAAUUUAAAAAUUAUCAGUAUAAAAUCAUUUCCAGCACAAAUUUAUGCCCAGUUUGAAACAUCAAAAGAUACUUUUAGCAAAUUGCACAACUUUUUGAAACUUUUUUGGCGGGAAUUUUUUAAAUUAUAUUGGAUUAAUGACGUUUAGCUGUUCCCAAUGUAGGGACAUGUUUCGUGGUGAAAACAGAGAUGAACCCAACCUCAAAUUAAGAGGUUUAAGCCGAUAAGAAAAGUGGUGGGGGAACCUAAUAGACCAAUCACAUAUCUCCGAGUCUUUAAAUACUGUUUUCUCCUUGACCUUAGAGUUGUUUUUCACAAAUCAAGAAGAGUUUUAACAGCAAAUUUAGUUGGUUUUUUCUGAAAGACUCAUUCUAAAUUUAAAAUUUAAAAUAAUGCUCCUUUGUUUUUAUUUAAAAUUACGCGCUAAAUAUUUAAAUUUUAAUAUCCUAAAAGCUGUUUGAUUAGUUUGAUCAUCUCUUUCAAUUAAAAUUGAUCGGCUGAGCGAAAUUUAAGUGUUUUAUUUUGAGGAUAAGGGUUGUUUGAAAGCGCUGUGCUUAUUAACUACUUUCUUUGGCCGAUGUGCCUGCUCGGGCGGAUGGGCUAGGGGUGUUCUUUCUCUCUCUGGCUGUGCCGGCGUCAUCAGCAUGUGCAGGGAGAGAAAAACGUACACGUCGCGGGAAAAGGGUGGUGCUUUCUAAUUUACACGCGCACAAGAUUUUUCUCCGGCAACCAAUAAGAAAUUAAAAAGUUCUCUCUCUCUCUCCGCGCGCUCUCUCGCCCGCCGCCUUUUUACUCAUAAGGCUUGAUCGAUUGUCUCUCUCUGCUCAUAAGAAAGUGUAGUUAGUACACACACACACACACACAUAUAAUGCUGUUUGUGUAUGCCAGCCAGGCCAGGGAGAGAGAGAGAGAGGGAGAGACACAGAACCACCAUAGGUUGCGGGUGGAAAAACUUAAAAAAUAAGAAGGAACACGCAUGCACAUGCGCGUGUGCAAUACAAGAAGAAGAAGUUGAAAAACGCGAAAAUAUUUUAUUAUACAUAUACGCGCGACGGACGGGCGGGCGGCGGACCCACACCCCCUCCCCACCUCUUUUACUUUUCCAACAACUUUGAUUAAAAUAAAACCUCGUCGCGCGCCUUUAUUUUUUAUGCAUCUGCCAGAAUUAGUUGCGAUGUGUUGAGGAAAAGACGCAGCCCCCGCGAGUGCAGCCCCGUCGCAGUGAGAUUUGGCGCGGACACACGAGCCACCCCCGUCAACACCGCCGCCGCACCACGUGCACCCUCGCUCGCCCCCAAAGUCGUAGUGCGUCCGUUCCCACGCAAAGAGUGACCGCCGCGCGAAAAACCAACAAAAGUGACAAGACCGACCGACUCCGACCACACUCUUCCCAAAGGUGAUGGGUGCAAAUGGUUGCGAGUGACGCGAUUGUGCCGCCGGAAAAUGAGUUCUGCCGAGGUGUGCGCCCCCGGCUACAGCCUCCGAUGGAACAACCACCAGUACCACAUUCUCAACGCCCUCGACGCGCUUUUGCAGGACGAGGCGUUCGUCGACGUCACGCUCGUCUGCGAUGAGGGAAGGGUCAGGGCGCACAGAAUCGUCCUCUCUGCCUGCAGUCCGUACUUCCAACGCAUCUUGCUGGAGACGCCGUGCAAACACCCGGUCAUAGUGCUCAAGGACCUCAAGGAAUGGGAGGUGCAGGCGAUCGUCGACUUCAUGUACAAGGGCGAGAUCAGCGUGAGCCAAGCCCAGCUCUCGUCGCUCAUCCGCGCCGCCGAGUCCCUCCAGAUUCGGGGCCUGGCGCACAUGGAGAAGGAGCCGCAGUCGUUGGGCAGCCACGAGGAGUCAAUGGAGGCGGCCACCCCCAACUCCCCCACCUUCUUACCAGGGCCCUUCGCGGGGGCCCGCGGCCCCGAGAACGGCCCCCUGCUCCUCUCGUCGCCCUUUUCGCCCUCGCCGGCGCCCCACUUUGAGCCCCCCGUCAAGCAGUCGCCCCUCAGUGAGGCCAGUUCGCCCCCCAGGGACCACCACAGGGUCUCGCCCGUCCCCAGGAGAAAACAGGCGCGGCCGCGGAGAAGAUCGGGCGAGAUGGCACGCGACCUCAAGAAGCAGCCGAGCCGGCCGCCGUCGCCCGACCUGCCCGAGAACUUGAGCAUCAAGAAGACGUCGUCCUCGGAAAAAGUGAACGCGCUGCUGCUUCCGGCGACGGAAAACUGCCCGGCGCCGUCGACGCUGCACUCGGCGCCGGCGAGCGGCGCCCCCGAGAGCCCCCUGACCUCGGCCGACCUGCCCCCCAGCAAGGCGCCCUCCUCGCUGCCCACAGACCUGGCGCCCAGCGAGCGCCUCCUCGACUUCUCCAUGGGCGGCUCCCCGCACGCCCUCGGCCUUCCAGUGAGUGCUCCACCUCAGUUCACAUGGGAUGCGCAAUUAGACACAGCAGGCUUUCCUGUUUUGCCCACCGUUUCUUCUCUGCCACUGACUCCGCCACACAUGUUUUCCAUGGAAUCGGCGCACUUAGGAUUAUUUCCACCGAUAGACGCUCGAAAUCAUUUACUGCACGACUUGCCUGAACCAAGACACGAUAAUCCUCUUAUGAACAAAAGAAAAUUUCGGCCGAAAGGGCAGCACAGCGCGCCGCGGGGAGGUCCGCCGCGGUCGUGGACAAACGCAGAGUUGACGGAGGCGCUGCAGCACGUGUGGAACAAGAAGAUGACGACGUCGCAGGCGUCGCGCAUCUUCGGCAUCCCGUACAACAGCCUGCUGAUGUACGUGCGCGGCAAGUACGGCAAGUCGCUGAAACUGGAGCAACUGAAGAAAGACUGCCUGGUGGGUGCGGCCGAGCUGGUGUCGCCACCCGCCAAAGCCGCCGACGAGCCGUGCGCCAACAACAACCCGCCCGACACCACCGACCUCAACUUCAACCCCUACACCAACUUCUACUCGGACCUGGCCUUCCCCAUCCCGGUCAGCAUGAUCCACUUGCUGCCCCAGUCCGAGAAGAACCGCGAACUCGCGGCCGAGCACGCCGCCCUUGACCUCGUCACCCAACUCGUCGACGCCCCCAAAAAGCACUCCAUCUAAAUAAGCAACACCGUUGGCUCAAAGACAUUGGAUUGCUGCCCCGUUUCUUGACAAUUGGCGCGAGUGUAGCAGACACUAUUUUUAACUGACACACACACCCCCACACACACUUCAAUCGGGAACAUCCACAGAAAUAAUAUAUUAUUGUAAUCAGCAAAAGAACCUUAGAAGACUGAGCCACACAAUUAACAAGCUGUUCUCUCAGUUUGGAUAUUUUUCCGUUGUCAUUUUUAAUAAGAGUCGAUAAGUUUCUGGAAAGCAAAAGAUACGAAAAUCAUCCACACACACAACAAUAAUAAGUACGUCAUAGCUACGAAUAAGAGAAACAGUUCCUGCUUAUACAAAUCAGUAGUUCUACAAACGAUCGAUUCAAAGAACAGACACACCUCAUCCGUAACUGAACAGCAACUACUAUACUAAACUGCAGAUUUACUACAUUUUUAUAUUUACUAAAGAUAUGAAACGAUACACGCAGCAGCUCUAUAUCUUCGUUACGUAUAUAAUUCAUUGACUUAAGUAGUGCCUACAUUUUUUACAUUCCGAUUUGAUUAUAUUUAAAUAUGAAGUAUACUCGGAGGAAAUAUAAUUAGUUAAUUGAUUAUCAAGAUGUGAAGCAACAGACACUAGCCAAUCUUAUUUCUCACAGCAGGAUUGCCAGAAGCAGACAGAGGCGAUUCAAACAGGCUCGCCUACCCCCGGCCCAGAUUUGUUCAGAUCAUUCAAAAUCCACAACCCGCAAAAAAAUAACGUUAUUUUAAUUUGGUACAUAAAUCCUUCAAAUUUGUUUUUUAACCGGUUUCAAUUCAGAUCAACGUUCCCUUUUGGUUAUAGCAAAGAAAUUAAUCGUUUUAAAACUUUAAGGGCUGGAAGAUUAUUGUACCGGUUUCAUUUUUUUAACACGAAAAAUAGAGAAAUCUGGGACAUUUCUUGUUCAGGCGUUGGCGAGCUGAAUGGAACUACCUCAAUCGUAAAAUUUAGCAGAUAAACUAAUCGCACUACAGGACAAUUUUGAUUAAUUUGAAUGGCGAUUUUCUACACAUUUUCAUACAGUACCUGGCAACCCUAUUUAAACAGAUACACACAGACAGUCCGUGGCAGAAUGAAAUUUACUCAGCUUCACUUUAAAUCCAGCGUUUUUGGCGAGACAAAAGUUUCCAAAAAGAAAGACAACAAAUUUUUACUCUGGUGUGCACGCACGGGUCGCGACUUUACUGAUAGUUUUCUAAAUAGGCUGUAGCGCAACGUACUUAAGUAAGGAGAAGCCUAAUAUUUAUAAUAAACAUACAAUUUGGUUCGCUAUAUUUUUGGUAACGAAAACACGCAUUGGUGAUAAUGUUUAAGGGAGAGCGAAGGGGGUCCUUGCGUAUACAAUUAGGGAAGCGUAUAACUACACUCAAAUGUAUAUUCCUGUGUUAUUUGUGAUAAGCGAGAGGGACUGGUGCGUGCGAGAGUAAAAAAUUAACAGGCGCUGUGAUACGGAAACUUUGUCUUGCUUCACUUCUCAUCGUUCGUAGUCGGGCCGCGCGCAAAAUCUUAUUUACACGAGAGAGAGAGAGAGGCGACGAGUGCGGCGGACCCGACGACGACGUCCCUCCCGAAAACACCUGCUACGAAAUUAAAUUCAUAUGUGAUAGCAAACUAGAAUUUAAACUCCCCCCGAUUUCAGUUCAGUAAUUUUCGGACGAAUUCGACCUGCUUUUGUGGGCAGCAGUUUGGACAAAAAUUCAAAUUAAGUGAAACGUGUGGUGCGUGUUUUUUGAUAAAUUAUAUAAUUAAAUAUAUGUACACGAGAAAUAAGUGAGAAAAUGCGUGCUUAAAGGGGCUGACAACAUUAAAAAAUUGAAGAUUGUAAAUUGAAGAUGCGGUUAUAACUUUUCAAAAUUAAUUUAAAAAUAAAAUUGGCAUAGUUAUUAAAUUUUUAAUUUUCUCGAUUGGCAGCCUCUUUGUUUUUUGGGAAACUUUGGCAUUUAAUAAGAACUCGUGUCAAUGUUCGUCCAAAAUAAAUUUUUCUUCAACACUUUUGAAACACAACGCAAAGAUCUAUCAGGAUCUGAGGAAUUUUUCGGAAGUUGGCAGACCCUUUAAGGCACGACCCGUUUUGUUGAGUUUCCUAUAUCUUUUGAUUAAUGUUUAAGGAGCGUACGUUAUUUUAGCCGGAACGAAAGAGACAAUUUUGAUUUCGGUCGUUGUUUUUAGUGAGAUAGAAGGGUCGGCCGUUCGACCGCGAGAAGGAAAUAAGUAUUGCAUAAAAAUUCCGAUUGAAAAUCUCUCAGCACAUUUACAAGAAUCGAUUGGCUGUGAGUUGGACAGGUCGGACGUGCAGGCGACUCUGGAGGAGAGAAUGCAAUUAACUCAGUACUUAACGAUUUACACACACACAGACACUCACUGGAAUCUCUUAUACCUCAAAUUAACCAAGAUCGACUUGCGAAAAAGCAAAACACUAUUCACUUGUUAUGUACUCAAAGCAGAAAAGCGAAAAGGACGCGCGUUGCGAAGAGAUCAAAUGUAAAUAUUUUCAACAGAAACACACACGCAGAAAUUAUAUUUUGUUCGAUAUAAAUAAAAAACCGUGAGGAGAGAUCGUGUAAUUUAAACAGAAACUUAAGAAGAAAAAAAAUUAAGGGAUUCAGGGUACUCUCCUAGUUGUACGACGCGAAAUAGAGAAUUUAUAAAUAACCUCAGGAAAAUCGUCAAAAUUAAAAAGUGGACAAAAGAUAAAUUCUGUCUUAAAACGGAAAGAAAAUUAGAAAUGGUGAAAAUUGUUUUACUUUCGAUUUAAUUGAUUUUCCCGCCGAAAAUGCAGCAUCAAAAUGCGAGUAUUUGAAAGAGAAUAAAUAUUUUCGAGGAAAUUAAAACGCAAUCAAAGAGAGAAUCGUUGGUCAUUUUGAUGCUCUUUAUAUUCUCGAACCUUGAAUGUGAUUAAAGUAGAUAUUUGUGUCCGAGUAAUACAUUUCUAACGUUAGCCUACCUACGUAAUAAAAAAGCGACACUCACGCGCGACGAUCGCAUUUGCAGAGAGGGAAUUUGAAAUUUCUUGUUGACGGAAUCGAGGAGAAGAGGUAGUCUCAAAAUUUUUGGGUGUUUUGUAAAUAUUCUUGAUCUUGCAAGAUAAUACGGUUUUUGUGACUAUGUGUUCAACAAACAACUAAUGACUGUAAUCUCUGAAAAUCGGUGUUUCCACAAACAGUGUCCGUCUCGUUCGGCGAAACCAAAAUCUCAGCAAUAAUUUGUAGCGAAAAACAAAAAAAUGUGUAGACAAAAGCAAGAGAGUCAUGGCGCGGUCUCGUCACUCGGAAGGAAGAAAUUUGUUUUUAUUAAGAAGGAAAAUGGAAACUGCGCGGUUGCUGAAAUCUGUUACCUCAUCGGAAUUCAACAUUGUUUCCUCUGUUUUUGUUCUCUGAUAUGGUACAUGUUCUGAAAAGCUGUGGAUAUUAACAAUUAAAUGAU